CCUGGUUUGGUGGGGUAGAUAGGUGGAGUUUGUCCUACACCUGAAAUAUAAGCUGACCUACAGGUAGCCAAGAACUCAUUGAAUGAGUUUUCUUCCUUCUCUCUCCUUUUUGUUCUCACAAACUGUCCUAAAUAUAAUUAUGCCAAAGUUCAAUGUGCAUAAGCAAGGGCAAUAGAGGAGUACAUUAUACAGCAGGUUCAUGUUGCAGAUUAUAACUACUGAGAACAAGUGAAGCCACACACCUGAGAAGGCAAUAACACUAAAUCCUCACUGCUUGCCAUGCAAAUAGGGUGACAAACUACCAACCAAAGAGAACACACUUAAGACCAAGAUGACCACCAAGAAGGCAGAUUUCCAGCGGAGGAUUGUCUCCAAGGAUGGACACAACCAAGUGCGCAUUGACAAUGUGGAGGGCAUGGUAAAGCUCUAUCUCCACGACAUCUGGACCACGGUGGUGGACAUGAAGUGGCGCUACAAGCUCACACUGUUCUCCUCCACCUUCGUCAUGACCUGGUUCCUCUUUGGCGUAAUCUUCUACUUCAUCGGCAUGGGCAACGGUGACUUCAAGGGUGAGCUGCUGUCCAACCACACGCCGUGCAUCAUGAAUGUUGAGACCCUUACCGGCGCCUUCCUCUUCUCCCUGGAGUCGCAGACCACCAUUGGCUACGGUUUCCGCUACAUUACCGACGAGUGUCCGCUGGCCAUCUUCGUCCUGGUGGUCCAGCUGGUCACCACGGGCCUGGCUGAGAUCUUCGUGACCGGGGCCUUUCUGGCCAAGCUGGCACGACCCAAGAAGCGGGCCGAGACUAUCAAGUUCAGCCAGUCGGCGGUGAUCUGCCGGCACGAUGGCAAGCUAUGUCUGAUGGUGCGUGUGGCCAACAUGAGGAAAAGCCUGCUGAUCCAGUGCCAGCUGAUUGGCAAGCUGCUUUCGCCCAACGUGACCGAGGAGGGUGAGAAGACUCUGAUCCACCAGACAGCUGUGGACUUCUACAUGGACUCAUGCGGGGAGUGCCCCUUCCUAAUCCUGCCCCUCACAUUCUAUCACGUGUUGGAUGAGAGCAGCCCGCUGGUGGGGCUGACCGCUGAGAGGUUGCGGACACGCGACUUUGAGCUGCUGGUCACCCUCAACGCCACCAUGGAGUCCACGGCAGCCACAUGUCAGAGCCGCACAUCGUUCGUUCCCCAGGAGAUCCUGUGGGGCUACGAGUUCAAGCCCGUGCUCUUCAGCACCCCCAGUGGCCGGUACGUGGCCGACUUUAACUUCUUUGACAAGGUGCAGUUAAGCAGCGACCCGACACUCCUCAGCAACAACACAGAGAAGCUGAAACUGGAGGAGGUGUACAAGAAGGAAUAAGGGAGGACACUCAAACAUGUUGGACACACUGGUAACGAACAUGAUACACUUUAAUUGUUGUUUUACCAUAGUUACUUUUUCUUUUUCUUUUAUUUCACCUUUAUUUAACCAGGUAGGCUAGUUGAGAACAAGUCAAUAACACAGUAGGAAAAAAAAAAAAAAAGGGGGGAGUCUAUAUACAUUGUGUGCAAAAGGCAUGAGGUAGGCGAAUAAUUACAAUUUUGCAGAUUAACACUGGAGAGAUAAAUGAUCAGAUGGUCAUGUACAGGUAGAGAUAUUGGUGUGCAAAAGAGCAGAAAAGUAAAUAAAUAAAAACAGUAUGGGGAUGAGGUAGGUAAAAAUGGGUGGGCUAUUUACCGAUAGACUAUGUACAGCUGCAGCGAUCGGUUAGCUGCUCAGAUAGCAGAUGUUUGAAGUUGGUGAGGGAGAUAAAAGUCUCCAACUUCAGCGAUUUUUGCAAUUCGUUCCAGUCACAGGCAGCAGAGAACUGGAACGAAAGGCGGCCAAAUGAGGUGUUGGCUUUAGGGAUGAUCAGUGAGAUACACCUGCUGGAGCGCGUGCUACGGAUGGGUGUUGCCAUCGUGACCAGUGAACUGAGAUUAGGCGGAGCUUUACCUAGCAUGGACUUGUAGAUGACCUGGAGCCAGUGGGUCUGGCGACGAAUAUGUAGCGAGGGCCAGCCGACUAGAGCAUACAAGUCGCAGUGGUAGGUGGUAUAAGGUGCUUUAGUGACAAAACGGAUGGCACUGUGAUAAACUGCAUCCAGUUUGCUGAGUAGAGUGUUGGAAGCAAUUUUGUAGAUGACAUCGCCGAAGUCGAGGAUCGGUAGGAUAGUCAGUUUUACUAGGGUAAGUUUGGCGGCGUGAGUGAAGGAGGCUUUGUUGCGGAAUAGAAAGCCGACUCUUGAUUUGAUUUUCGAUUGGAGACUGUCUAGAAACAAUUUGGAAAUACACCCAGCUAGCAAAUUUGGUUCCUUGGAAGUUGUGGGAACGUAUGUUUUUAGUUUCAUAUUGGUUAUGGGAACGAAGCCAUAUGUUUCCAUAAGUUCAACAUUUUACCUGUUCUGGGAACAUUUAUUUUUAGGUUGCAGGAAGACCCUGAGAAAGUUUUACUCUGGUUCCUUUAAAGUUUGUCUGGGAGGUUUUAUUAAACCUAAAACCUAGCUUAUUUUGGGUUAAUGUUUUUGAACUCCAAGCAUUUCCUUAAGCAUUAAUCAUGCAAACACAUGUAUUUUUUAUUGUGACACAGCAUCAGUGGGAUUUGAACCUUUGAUCUUCUGUUUUCUAUCCAUGGAAUUAGUCCACUGCGCCAUCAAGGAGCUAACAUGGCAUAAUUUUUACACAUACAUACAAAGCUGUUAAUUUUAGUAUGCUCAUACACACCUAAUUUCAAAGGAAACGAGAACUCAUUAAGAUCAGACGUGGCCAAUUAGUGGCCAAGGCCAACACACCUGAACACACUUAACAAGAUACAGGCUAGAGAGAGUUUUGUAGAUGCUGAGAACAGAAUGUAUAUGUUUUUAAAUAUCAAUCUUAGAACAUUCUCUAAACGUUACAAAAGUUUACUUAAGGAUUUGGAUAGAAUGUAUUCUUAACAUUCUCUGGACAUGUUGAGAACAUGACUUUAAAUAUAACCAUGAGGAAGCCUGUAGGAAACAUUAUACUGAAGUCCUGAAAUUCCCACAGAAUAACAUUGUUUCUUAAUGUUCUUGGAAGAAUUCGAUAAUGUGACUUUGAACAUGACCAUGACCACACAUUGACUCUGUACCGGUACCCCCUGUAUAUCCUAUUGUUAUUUUACUGCUGCUCUUUAAUUACGUCUUCCUUUUAUUUCUUAUUGUUAUUAAUAUUUUUUUUAACUGCAUUGUUGGUUAGGGGUUUGUAAGUAAGCAUUUCACUUUAAGGUCUACACCUGUUGUAUUCGGCGCAUCUGACUAAUACAAUUUGAUUUGAUUUGAGGAACUGUAAUGCUGAAGUACUGAAAUUCCCAUAGAAGAACGUUGUUUCUUAACAUUCUCUGAACUAUUUGAGAACAUUCCCAAUGUCAAACCAGUUGGAGAACGUUUCUAAAACAUUACCACCAUUAAAAUGAAAUGUAACCAUGUUUGAACUUUUAGGAAACGUUCUGUUAAAGUAAUGAAUAGUAAUGAAAUAUCAAGAAAAUAAGUUCCUUAAAUGUGCUGAGAAAGUUUCUUUGGAACAAUCUUGCAUCAAUCCCAGAAAGUUGUGGGAAGGUUGUUUCUAAAAUAACCAUAGGACAACCACACUCUCAACAAGCUCUAAUAACCAUAUGGUUCUCAGAACGUUAUGUGCUAGCUGGGCAUAGUACAGAAAUAUAUAUGUUUGUAUAACUCAUAAACCUAAUGAGUGAAUGCUGACAAAUUUACGCAAAAUAAAUAAUGUACCUGAUCAGUGUGCAUCUGGUCAGAGUACAUUCAUGUGCUGUGUACCGUAUAUUUGGCAUAUUGUUUGUAUUUACAAGCUUUAUAAUAGGAGUAUAUGGACAUGCAUUCAGAAUAAGGACUGCGUCUCAGGUGCUGGUGUUUGUGUAAUUGAAUUUGUGGCAGUAACUGUAUUAGAAAAAAAUUAUGGAGGAUUCCAGGAAAACAGAACAAGAUGUUGUUACUUUUUAUCACACAAGUUGUAUAUUUGAAUGAAUUAUACAUAUUUCACUCAAAAGGUAGAUGGGGAUAUAGAAAAACUAGUUUGAGAUAAUGGCUGUGUAAUGCUUAAAAGCUGUGUUCCAUCUGUAUCUCUGAAUAAACCAUUGGCUUUCAAGAA